GCAUGUCAGCAUGACAUGUUCUUAGUUAGCACUUCGCUCAUCGACAUGUACUUAUUUAUGCAAAUAUUAUAUUUUAAGUAUUAUUUUUACAAUUUUUUAAUAAAAUAAUAUUAUUAAAAAAAUCCUCUUCAUUAUCAGAACGAAGCUGCACCUCAUCUCGCCGUGAGAGGAUCCCAACGUUAUGGGCAGGACAAUUUACAAUCCGCCGCCCAGAAGUUUUUUAUUUUCUGCUAGCUCAAUGAUGACAGAUGGCACCAGAGGGGACCAGCUAGUGCAUGCACUAGCCCAUCCGUCCGCACACCUUUAAUUGGAAAAUUAAUUGAUUAGUUGGUUUUCUAAUUAGGCAUACACACCCCGUUACGACAAAAAAACAGUUGGAACACGCGUGCCCCCUUCCAUUUUUGAGCUGCUUAGCGUCGUGCUUCUAGGCACUUGUAUUUUCAUAUUCCACUUUAAUAUGCGGCAGAAAUAGACAAAAAAAAAAGUUAGAAAAAAUCCAUAUUCUUCUGGAUUCACCUAGCUACAUAAGCAAUUUUGUUAAAUGUUAUAAGCAGAUUAGAAUAGGCUCAGAAGCAAGAUAGAAAGAAUAUACACACAAAUUGGCAUAAAUUUCAGUGAUCAUACAAAAGCAAAACCAAAUUAAAAGUUCUUUCAGUUAAAGCAAUAGCGCUCAGGUUUAAGAAAAAAACAAAAAAUCAAUGUAAUAUUUUCUCAUAAAUAGGUGAUUCUAAGAAGCAUAAUUAGGAUAGCUGCAAACAAAAUAGAAAAUCACUUUGAUAUGUAUAAUAUUCUUGGUGGUUGUGCUUUUCCUAGAAAUAUAUCAACCAAAAAAGCUGAAGUAUAAUUCUCUAAUUUUCACAAGUUACCCACUAGUAUCUAAGAGAAACAAGACAAAGAUCACCAUAAGUGCUGAACAACAGAACAAGGACAUAAAGAUCACCAUAAGUGCUGAACAAUAGAACAAGACAUGAUAUUUUCACUAGUUUCUCUGUAGAUAGUAUAGUUCUUAUUGAACUCUAAUACUAGACUUGAUUUUUAUAGCAUUAAGCUUCACAGCACUUCACUUGUGCCACACUAGAUAUGUCCAAUUUUACUGUAGCCUGAAUUCUCCAUGAUAUAAGCCCAUCUCGAAAUUCUGCUUGUCCACUGGAAUUCACAUAAAAAGCAUUUUUGUUAAAAUGUGUAAGCAAAUCAGGUUGGAUUUAGAAAGCAAAUUAGAAACAAUGUGAAGGCAAAAAAAAGAUCAAAUUGUGUUGUCAGUAAGAUAUUAUAUGAUAUUAUCAGAUUCCAUACAGUGACACAAUUUGCUUACUGAUAUUUUCACUUGUUUGUUCCAUACAGUAAGAUACUAUAUGAUAUUAUCAGAUAAAAUAUUAUCAGUAAGCAAUUUGAUUUCUCUCUCAGAUAAGAUAUUAUCAGUAAGCAAAUUAUACAAUCCAAGAAAAUAUCUUAUUGCAUAUUGCAAACAAUUUGAUAUAAUUCUAAGAUCAAGUUUUGCAAAGUUCAAAUAACAUUAAGCAAGUCGAUAGAAAACUAGAAGCAAGUUAUUGUAAGUUCGUGAGCAAAUCUACAGUCUAGUAAACAAGUUUGUUGUAUAUAAAAAACACAGGAUUUUAUAUAACCAUGAUAGUUUAGAUUAGCCUACAUAGUAUCAUAAAAUUACCAACACAGUUAUAUCAGAUUAGUACCCUUGCAUUUUUAGCUAUUCAUUAUCACGAGUGCAAAUAUAAAUCGCAUAUCGCACAUAAAUAGGUGAACAUGCAUAUAUCAUCACCAUGAAAAAAAGGAGCAGUUCAUGAUUCAAUUAACAUGCUAUUGACGUUCAUCUACCACCGAACAAAAAGAAGUAAAUCAUAACUAUGAAACCUAUAUGAAAAAUCAUUAUUGUGCAUUAUUUGUUAAAAUAUGUUAGGAUAAUAGGCAUAUUUGCUAAAAUACAUAAGCAAACCAUAGUGAAUCCAUAAGCAAAUUAGGUUAGUGUGAAAGAAAAAAAAGGUGAUGAAGGCAUUUUCAAGUUGAGUGUGAGGCAAUUGAAAAUUUCUGACAAAGUAAUACGGAGGGAUAAAUUAGCACAUGGUUUUAUCUAUGAUAUAGAAAAACAAACAACAUUUGUGCUCUAGAGUAAGGAUUAAUGGUUUCAGUGCAAGCAGAUUCACUAGAAGUGAAGAUUUUCGUAAUUUGCGUUUUGCAAAUCGACUUUCUUAGAUAAACCUUUUCUCCUACAGGACACCUAGGAUUACACUAACAGAAAACGGAAUUACAUCAUCUUUUUGUAGAAUUUAAAAGGAAAACGAAAACAUGUCAUAAAUCUCUAGCAGCAUGCUGAGCAGAUGUCGUAGCAAAAUCAUGUAACACCCAAACGAACUAAUCUUAUUAGAGGCUAUAACCAUGUUUCACUGACAAAAAAUAGCAUCUGAUAAAAUGAACUUUCAGAAAGACUUCAACCAAUACUAUAAAAAAAAGUUCUCAUCACUGCUAGCCGAGUAGCUUCAAUGUUCACUUCAUAUCAUCAAUAAAAUCAGCCCGCUAAGCAAGUAUACUGGCACCUGCACGUUUGAAAUCGAACACCACGACCCUCGACACUAACAAAUUUUCUAGAAAGGGGAUCUUGCACAAAUCUUCAUGAAAAUGGGAGCGCUACUCACCCAAAAACUGGAUCUAAACUUCUCGAUUCCCGCACCAUACUCCCUUGCUCCAACUUGAACUGACCCUAAAACACAACAAAAUGGCACCACAAAUCAAACCCUGCGCCAUACGAACACACAAAUUUUUUGGAGAAAUGAACGAAUUAACAAUCAAAUCGAAUAGAUUAGGAGAAAUAAUGAAGCAAAAAUAGAUCAAAUCGAAUCUUCAGAUCGCAAAUUCUCGAUUCCUCCACAAGGCUCCCUCUACUCCAAUUCGACCGGACCCUAAAAAACACAAAGAAACUACACCACGAAUCAAACCCUAACCAUCGCGAACAUCAAAAUAAAAGGAUAAAUGAACGAAUUAUCAAUUAAAUUAAACAGAUCAGGGGACUAAAUGGAGAAAAUCGACUAAAAAACUUCAAAUCGCCGGUGCGAGAUGGCCGUGGAGGAAGCCGCUCGCCAUCAUCGGUGCCCACGCCUGGACGAGCUCUGGCGAAGGGGUGGGGAUAAUGUCGUGCCCGUAAAAACCUUGGAGGAAGACACCAUGGAUUUGCACGGUGAUGGGGUGGGGAUGACGCCGUCGCUAGGGGGAAGGGGCUCGCCACCAUCCGCUAUCACGGGGGAGCUCCGGCCGCUAGCGAGGUGAGCUCUGGCCCAACCAUGGAGAAGCUUUGUGUGGUCACAACCUGCUAGGUGUGAGAAGAGAGCGAGGAGAGACAAAACGAGGGUAGAAAUGAGCGAGAGCCAGUUAGGGAGCUCUCAUGUGAACGCUACCUAGAACCUGCUAUGUGAACGUAAUUCAGCUGUUAUCACACUCGCCGACCUCAGAUGAGAGACAGACGGUAGAUGCAGCGUGCGUGCGGGACGACAAACCGCGCGCUUGCACUCGGAAGCAUUUCUUCGUCCAACGCAUACGCGCGAUGCCCCAGUGCCUAUAAAUUCAAACCCAUUUGAGCUGAGCUUCUCAUCAACUUAGAUUGAUUCUUUCCUCGAUCGCAUGCUAUAGUGUCUUCGUCUUGCCUGUGAGACAAAGUUCAGUUCUUGAGCCGAUUCCAUGGCUUCUUCCCUCUCGUUCCCUUCGGCGCCUGCAGUGCUCCGGCACGGUGCGCGCCACGGCCUGGCGCUUCCGCCGAGGACGAGGGCGACGUCGCGCUGCGCCGCGUUCCGCCGGAACACGAGCGGUGGCCGGGGCCGGUACGGCGGCGCGCUGGUGGACGAGGGCAUGCCCGUGCUGCGGCGCAGGAUCCGGGAGGCGCAGAUGGCGGAGACCAACUACGAGGCGCCAGCCGGGUGGGCGGCCUGGGAGAAGCGCUACUACCCGGCGUACGUCUCCGACGUGUCCGGCCUCGUCGGCGCGCUGCAGCUGAUGCUCAUGAGCACCAGGCCCAGCGUCGCCAUCGCUGUCGCCGCGCUCGUGCUCGGCAGCGUGCCGGUGUCCGCCGUCGCCGCGCUGCACCAUCUGGCGCAGGUGGCUGGCUCCGUCCUGCAGUCUGUGCACCACGUUUCUUGAUCGAGUCGGGACUUUUUUUGCAUUUUUUGGGCCUUGAUCCAAAAAAAUAACUUUCUGUCCCGUGUAUAGUAUCGUGGAAUUGUAGUUGGUGAAUUGAUAUAGAAAUUCAUUAGUCUUGAGAAAUGACAAUUUCUUUUGCAUGCCAUCUGAAAUAUGUUUCCAAAUUGGGGGAGGUUGUUUAACACCUGCACCCUGACAUCCAACGGGUUUGAGUUCUAUGGCCCAAUUCCACCUGGAUUUGAAUCUAGGAGAUCAUGAGGACUUGUAGUAUUUGUGAUUAUCUUUGCUACACUGUAAUGACCGACUUAGGGAGCCUUCUCUCAAGAUAUUCAGACAGAGGAACUAAUACAGUUA